GUGCCUCGGGGACCCCGCGAGGCCCUCGCUGGGGGCAGCACCUUCGGAGCAGCCCUUCUCCCCCCAGAACAAGGCGGUGGGUGUCUCACCCUCCCCACCGGCCGACGACCCCUACGAAGACGCCGAACCCCAGAGCCCAUGCUCCGGCGGUGCCGACAGCGACAGCAGCCACUACGAGUCGUACGAGGAAGACGAGGACGGAGUGACGGACCGUGCCCACUACCUGAGGUGGCCACUGAGCGGCAGCCCCGAGGCCGAGCCCCCCGGGCGCCCCGAGGCCCAGCUCUGCGGCUUCCUCUGGAGGAAGCGCUGGCUGGGACAGUGGGCAAAGCAGCUCUUCAUCGUCCGGGAGCACGUGCUGUUGUGCUUCAGGUGUGCCGCCGACCUGCAGCCGGUGCUGGAGCUGGACCUGCGGGGCUGCCGCGUCACCUACAAGGACAAGCGAGGCAAGAAGAUGCCGCACGCCCUGAAGGUGACGGGCACGGCGGGAGAGGUGCUGGUCAUCGGCUUCCAGAGCCGGCAGCAGGCUGAGGACUGGAGGAAGGUGAUCGAGGAGGUCAGCAGUGAUGCCCCUGGAGGGCUGGCAGCCCUCAGCGCCCCAGCGACCCCUUUUUCGAGGCUCAGCAGGCUCGGCAGGGAGGAAGAGGAGGAGGAGGAGGAGGAGGAUCGCUCCCGGCACAGCCCGCGGCCCGGCGAGGAUGCCAAAGGAGGGUUCCUGGCGGUGCGGCUGCGGGGUCGCUGGCAGCGCCUGUGGUGUGCCGUGCGCCGGGGAGCCCUGCGGAUGUUCCCGGAGCCCGGCGCUGCCCAGCGCCCCAUCUGUGCCCUGCGCCUCGACGGCUGCGACGUCUCCCCCGGCGGGGAGGCCACAGGAUCCCCCCAAAACCUCCGCAUCCGCAUCGCCCAGCGGGGCCGGGAGCUCGCCCUGCUGCAGGCCCGGUCGGAUGAGGAGAGGGAAGCCUGGCUGAAGACCCUGCGGGCCAGGGGAGGAGGGGAGCCGGCGGGUGACGGACCCCACAGCAAGCCCCCCAGGCCUGGCGAUGCCAGCAGCCGCCCUGCUGCCGGUGGGCUGAUGCUGCGCCGUGUCCCGACCCCCAACACCUACAUGGACGACCCCUUUGGGCAGCCCCCGCCAGCUGAGACCCCCAAGCACCUCUACUCCAACGCAGAGCGGCUGCAGCAGCUGCAGCAGAGCUUGGACCGGGCAGUGCAAGGGCAGCGCAGGAGACCCGUGUCUGCUCUGCCCACCUGCACCAGCAGCAACGCCCCGGGCAGUGCCCAGCCCUCAAAGGCGGCACCCCCACCAGCUCUCCGGGCCAGGGCUCCCAGCCCACAGCAGGCAAAGGAGAAGCCCAGCCUCCGGAGCAGGGAUCUUUCCCGCCCUCAGCACACCCUCACACUGCCUGAGAAGAAAGGGACUCGGGAUGGGCUGGACAUCCUCAUUGGGAAGAGAGCCUUCCCAAAGCUGGAGGAGAAGGUGGGGCAGCUGGAGAGGGCCUGCCGUGUGAAGGGCAGGCUGAAAGCCGGCUCUGAGAUGAACCUCCUGGCCAUCGGGAAGUCGCUGAAGGGCCACAUCGCUGCCACCGCCAGCUCGGCCGGCUCCGAGGGAUCAUUCCUCAGGCCGCUGCUGAAACGCACCACGUCGGCGAGGAGCGCCCUGAAGCCGCCCCCGUCGCCCGUCAUCGUGCAGAAGGGAAACGUGAGGCAGAAGAGGAAGGAGUGGGAGAUGAAGUCUGCGAUGUGACCGCCCGCCUGCAGAUGGACCUGCCGGAGCGGGGGUCUCCCAGCUGCGCGUGGAUCGCGCAGGACCAGCCUGGGUUCAGCCUGGAAUCUCAUCUUUUAUCCGUCCAGUAUCAACGCUACCACUACGCACAUCUAUUUUUUAUAUACAGAUAUAUAGAGAUAUAUACAGAUCAGACUGUCCCUCCGUGGGUUUCCAGCCUCUCCCCGCUGCAUUCCCACCCGUCCCAGCACCUUGUUUUUGGGGUACAGAAUUCCCAGGUACAACCUCAUGAGCUGCUGGCUCUGUCCCCAGUGUGAAUCCGGUACAAACUGUGCCCCGGCCCCCCCAGGACCCCCAUUUACAGGGAUGAUUAAAGAUACACCUCGGAUAGAGCAGCUGGCGAGGCACACACAGUUCAGGGGCAUCCAAUUCUCCAUUCCCUGGAGCUGACAGGAUCCAGGCUGGGCCCUGGGUGGUUUUCCAACAGCUGCGCUCCUCAGGGUUUGGUUUUCAUUGGAGAAAAGUGGUUUCUUUGGUGGUUUUUCUUUUGGUUUUUUUUGUUUUUUUUAAAGGAUU